UUGAACAUAAAAACAUGGAACAGAAAAAAAUAACUCCUUUUCUAAAACAGUGUUUCGUAACAUCAGCAGUGGGUAUAAAUAUAAUAGGUUUCGGUAGUGCUGUUGGCUUCCCAGCCAUCCUGCUGCCCCAGCUGAAGGAAUCAGACAGUUCUAUUCCACUCACAAAGGAGUCAGAAUCAUGGAUUGCGGCAAUUUUGGCUUUGAGUAUGCUUGUCGGAAACCUUAUGACCCCGCCCAUCAUGGACCGUCUCGGACGCAAGGCGGCUCAUUACGCGCUUACCGUCAUCUCUCUGAUAAGCUGGUACAUAACUAUUACAGCAACGAGUGUUGAGGCUUUGAUAAUUGGAAGAAUGAUGUUGGGCAUCGCAGGCGGUCUGCUGACCACGCUCCGUUCUGUUCUCAUAGGAGAAUACACGAGCCCUCGAAAUCGUGGUGCCUUCCUCACCACCGUAUCUCUUACACAAGCGUUUGGUAUAUUUUUCGUACAUCUCAUUGGAUCUCUACUGAGCUGGCAGAAGACUGCUCUCAUAUGUGUUUUCUUCCCGUUUGUAAGUCUCGUUAUGAUCAUGUAUACGCCAGAAUCUCCAAGUUGGCUUCUCACAAAAGGCAGAUACGACGAAUGUAGACGAGUUUUUAGAUGGUUAAGGGGAACCGAAGAGGAUGAAGAACUAGAAGACAUGAUAAAAGCAAGACUAGCUUUUGAGCAAGCGACUAUUAAGGAACACGAGAUAAAUUGGUUUGCAAAGUUAUUAAGAAUAAUUCGAAAACGGGAAUUCUAUAAACCAAUUAUGAUUAUGAUUCACAGCAAUACUAUUAUGCAAUUUUCUGGUGGUACCACUAUGGCCGCUUAUUCUACCGUCAUUAUCAGUCUAUUGAUGGGACCAAAUGCAAACGCACAUUUUUGGAUGGUCUUUUUGGAUACACAAAGGAUAAUUUGUAACACUUUUGCUGUUUAUAUCAUUAACAGGAUUAGAAGACGCACGAUGGUGCUCACUACGGGAGUUCUCUCCGUUGCGAGUCAUUUUGCCAUCGCCAUAUACGUUUACCGCAGAAUCCAUGGAUGGAAAUGUGACGCUAUCUGGUUACCAGCUCUUUUGAUUAAUCUACAGUACUUAGCAGUGGCGGUGGGCACUGUUCCAAUGCCACAAGUGAUAGGUGGGGAGGUGUUUCCUUUGGAGUACAGGAGUAUAGGAGGAACUAUAAGCUUAGCAAUGGGUGGAGGGGUGAUGUUCUUGGCACUAAAGACGUUUCCUGAAUUAAUAGAUAAAACUGGAUUACACGGUACGUACACGAUUUACGGUGGAAUUUUAUUACUUAACUUGAUAAUCGUGUUAGUGUUGCUACCAGAGACGAAGGGAAAGACCUUACAGCAAAUAGAAGAUGAAUUUCGAGGGCGACCACUCAGGAUUGUGGAGUUGGACGCGAAACAGUCGCUACAAUCAAAUCCAAUAGAUAUAUUUAAGAGAAAGAUGUCAGAAAGGAGAUGCAGUAGCCCUGCACUGCUAUAAAAUUGGCAGUAUUGUAAAGCGACACUAAUACUGCAUAAUGAGAUUUGUUCCUGUUUUUAAAAAAAGGAAAUCAAGAAAAAACCAAAAGUAUUUUUUCAAUAAUUCUCUAUAUUAUUUGGUACACAUAACCGUCUCGCUGUCCAACCGUACUCGGUGAUGUGAGCUUUCAAACUGUCAACAAUAUAGUAUCAACAUUAAAAGUUAAAUAAUCACUAACGCUCGGCUCACCGGUUCACUUGCACAACUGACCACUUAACUGAUAUCUGUACAUUAUACUAAUGUUUAUACAUUCAUGCUGGAAUUAUUUUUAACAUCAGAUCAGAAACAAAACUUAGUGACAGAUUAAAAAC